AUGUUGAUGGUGAUCAUUAUUCUAAUUCAGUUUGUCUGCAGUAAAGUUCUACUUAGCAUUAAUCGCAGCAGUCUUCGAGCAAAACCACGCGAUUUUUUCCUGGUUGUAAUUACAAGCGUUAAAGACAACACCGAAGAAUUCCUGAACGAUUUAUUUGAGGCGUCAUAUGCAAAAUCGAUUCUUACGAUCAACUUUCUGUCACCACUUCAAAACGAAUCGGCAUGGUUGAUGACCACAUUCAUGCCAUUUGUCAAGAGUUGCAACUCCCUUCAACAGCAUAAUAUUGCUAUUUUGACGGAGCAAAAUUAUUCUAUAUCAGGAUCUACCGAUGUAAUUUAUCCACAUAAAAUGCACGACUUUCGGCAAUGUCCAAUUAUAGCAGCAGUUUUCCACACACCUCCGUUCAUAAUUGUUUAUUCGAAUGGAAGCGACGAAACAGUCGAUGGUAUAGACACACGAAUUCUGGGACAAAUGGCACAAAAGUUUAAUUUUAAAUUAGUUUAUCGAACGCCACGGGACAAACGAGGUAGGGGAACAAUAUAUGCAAAUGGUUCGGUUACGGGAUGCAUUAAAAUGAUAGUUGAUCAAGAAGCCAACCUCACUGUCGGUGCUUAUAUGAGAACGCCAUCACGAAGUCAUUAUAUGGUACCGUCAGAAUCAUACAUACAAGUCGCUCUAGGCUUUGCAGUUCUACCUAGUGAAGACAUUUCGACGCCUAUGGAAAGAAUACUAGCUCCUUUUACAAUGCAUCUUUGGGAGUGUACUAGUCUAUUGGUUACACUUGCUGUGAUCAUUAUUUUAAUUACAAAAACAAUGACCCGCCGUUGGAGACACUUUGCUAUUGGCGGUGAUGUAAACAGGGCUCCAAUUCUUAACAUGUGGAACUCAUUUUUGGGUGGUAGCAUUGGCAAUCCAAUGUUUGCAACAGCUCGAUAUUUAAGUACAUUUGCCCGUACCCUACUUGUUAUAUGGUCAACGGGUUGCUUAGUGCUGCGCGGUUCUUAUCAAGGCGCUCUAUACGAUUUUAUGCAACGAGAAGAUCUCUCCUCACCUCUCGAUACCAUUAGCAAAAUAAACCAUUCCGAUUGUGAUUUGAUAGUCAUGAGUACAGCCACCUCUUCGCUGGAUGAAUUUUAUUUUGAUAGGAGCAGGCACUUGACUUACAAUUAUUCUCAGCAAAGGAUCUUCCAACAAGUGUUCGACAGAGAACUUACUGGAGCUGUAUACUGUAACGACUUACAAAUGAAGUAUUUUAAUCUAUUGAAUCCCCUUCGUCGCCUGCAAAUGACAAAAGAUCGACUAUUUCUCAUGUCUGUUGUUAUUUAUUUCAAUCAUGUGUCCGCUUUGCAACCGAUAUUCGACCAAGAAUUGUUAUUAUUAACGGAUUCUGGUCUCAUCCAAUACUGGGCACAAGAAUUUACUGAUGGAAGAUUGGAUAGCAAGAAAAACCGGCAACGCAUACCUAAAAAACUAAAUAUACAAAAUGUGCUCGCAAUAUUUGAAAUUUGCUUGGGACUAUUAACAAUUUGCUUGCUUGUAUUUGUUCUGGAAAAAAUUGGAACGCGAUUUACGUGGCUUAGAAAUAUUAUUGAAAAGUUAACUUAUUGA